CAAAGGUUGAGACGUUGUCAGUAGCGUCCGCAACUACUGUAGCUGUCCGCCUCGCUCGCGCGGCUGAAGCCCCAUCCCAUUAAAGUUACUAGCGCGAAUCUGGGACUUUCGUGGGUUCUCAAAAUUGUUGCGCCUCACGCGGGUAGCCAAUAUUCGAGUACAAACGACCCUCACGCAACAACUUCCUCCAACUCCUCCCAACUCCCACGACUUCUCAAUCUCCUGCACUGAAAACAUGUCGGCCGAAAAGCGCCCAGCGGAGGAUUUCGGGUCCAACCAACUCGUGGUUAAGAGGACAAAUCGCCAGGACUCGACACAGCUCGCAUUCAAGAACAACGCUGGUAAUGGCGCGCUCAUCCAAGCACAACCGCGUACGAGCGGGCUACAAGCUCCCGUGAUGGAGCUGACGGGGCAUUCUGGCGAAGUGUUUGCGGCCAAGUUCAACCCAGAGGGCAAUUACAUAGCAUCGGGGUCCAUGGACCGGUCAAUUAUGUUAUGGCGGACCUACGGAGACUGCGAAAACUACGGCGUACUCAACGGACAUAAGGGCGCCGUCCUCGACUUGCAUUGGUCGCGCGACUCGCGAGUGCUGUUCUCUGCGUCCGCCGACAUGCAUCUGGCCUCGUGGGACCUCGAAACGGGAAUGAGGAUACGAAGACACGUGGGACACGAGGGGAUUAUCAAUUGCAUGGAUGUGAGCCGGCGCGGUAAGGAGCUCCUCAUCAGUGGCAGCGAUGAUGGAUGUAUUGGGAUAUGGGACCCGCGUACGAAGUCCGCCGUCGACUUCAUCGAAACGGACUUCCCCAUCACGGCGGUAGCGCUGUCGGAGGCGGGCAACGAGCUGUAUAGCGGCGGCAUCGAUAAUGAUAUCAAGGUGUGGGAUACGAGGAAGAAGGCGGUGGUGUACUCCAUGCUGGGGCAUAAUGAUACUAUUACGUCGCUGCGAGUGAGCCCGGAUUCUCAGACGCUGCUGUCGAAUUCUAUGGACUCUACGGUCAGGACUUGGGAUAUUCGUCCGUUUGCGCCGGCGCAUAGGAAUGUCAAGACAUUUGAUGGCGCGAAUGUAGGAAUUGAGAAGAACCUCAUACGGGCGAGUUGGGACAAGGAUGGCAAGAAGAUUGCGGCCGGCGCGGGCGACGGCACAGCUGUGGUCUGGUCGAAUGAUACUGGGAAGCUGCUGUAUAAGUUGCCAGGCCACAAGGGAACGGUGAAUUGCGCAGAGUUCUCUCCGGGACCUGAACCGAUCAUUCUCACCGGUUCAUCUGAUCGCAACCUCCUCCUCGGCGAACUGAAGUGAUAACCGGUUGACGCGAUGACGUUUAAUGGAUGAGAAGGAGCCGACGUUUCAAGGUGCAAGGGUUGCAACGUGGGGAAUUACAGAUACUGUAUAUUGGCAAGCAUAUAUCGACCCCGUGAGGACAUGUGGGAGCAUCACGGUUACAUACCGAGGCUAUAGACCAGGGGAGUGAUAUGGAAUCACCUUGCCCUCGAUUAUCCAGACCUAGAUGCGGCCUUUCCAUCUUCCAACAGGGAAGUUCAAGACGGAGGAGAGUCUCUUUCUGGACAGCGCAAGUUUCGCGGGAAAAUGAGAAAAGGCGGCCGCAAAAGUGGCUUGGUCACGACGCAUAAUACACAUUACCAUCCCUGAAGAUAACUAGAGUAUUAUACACGAAUUGGCAAUCCCAAUCUCUGGCAAUAAACUUUUUGAUUUUACGAUCCAUCCGUAGCUAAAUUCUGGCGUAGGUAGUCCAUGGUAUUGUGGUAGCAGA